AUGGACAAGAUACCACUCAACUACGAAGCCUCCGAGGGCGACACCAACAAGCAAGUCACCAGCACACUGCCCCAAGAGGUCGUGCAGUGUCUGGAGAAUGCCCGGUUUCUUCAUCUUGCGACAUGCACCGACAAUGUGCCACAAGUAUCCCUGAUGAACUACACAUAUCUCCCGUCGUCGCCGCACUCGUCGGCUCCAGUCAUCGUCAUGACCACGAACCCCUCCUCUCGCAAAACGACCAACAUUGUCGCCAAUCCCAAUGUCUCCCUGCUCGUACACGACUGGGUCUCCCACCGCCCGCACGGCCGACGCCCAUCCGGCGGCUCCCCGGAGCCUGCGCCGCCGUCCAGCCUCGCCACCCUGCUCCUCAACCUCAACAGCUCCGCCAUGUCCAGCAUCAGCGCCACCAUAGGAGGUGCCGCGCGUCUGGCCCCCACGGGCUCCGACGAGGAGAAGUUUUACGUCGCGCAGCACCUGGAGAACAACACGUUUGAGGACCCCAACGGCAGCGCCCUCUUCACGCCCGCCGCCACCCACGGUGAGGCCGAUACGAGCCGCUUCGUCGCGGGCGAGGACGUGCGCGUCAUCGUUGUCGACAUCAAGACGGUGCGCAUCAGUGACUUCAAGGGCAACGUGCGCGACUGGGCGCUGGUCCCGACGCAGGCCGUCAACGGAGUCGUUUAG